AUGAAACAAGAAGAAGGUGAGUCUGUGGAAAAGUUUGUCGUUCGAUUGAGGGAACAGGGUCGUCUCUGCGAGUACGAAGGUGCACUUGAUAUGCGAAUUACGGAGCAGGUGUUUGAUAAUUGCCGCUCAGACGAGCUACGCGAUGCUAUUUUGAAGAAGAAACUCCUAACGGUAGCGGCAAUUGUGGGCAAUGCGCGAAUUUUGGAAACCGUCAAGAGAAAUAAGGAGGAAAUGAGGGAAAUGUCCGCCUCAUUGGACGAGGCGAGUGUUUUUCAAGUGAAGCGUGAGAAAAAGAAGGAAGUAUGCUUCCGGUGUGGCAAUGCGGGUCACUUCGCCAAUGACAAAGGGUGUCCGGCUAAGAACAAGGUUUGUGACAAAUGUAAAAUCAUCGGACAUUUCCGUAAAAUGUGUAGAACAAAAUUGGAGGACAAGCACGGUGCAGCGAAAAACAAGCAAGAAAAGAAGAACCGCGCGUUUCAAGUGCGUGAUUCUGACGACGGUGCCAGCGAAAACAAAGCAGAGCAAAGUGACAGUGACAGCGACGUGCAGCAAAUUAAUGCUACAGGCGCAGAGCACGAUAUGGUGACCUGUUACGUUGGUGGAGUGAAGUUAAAUUGGAUUGUUGAUUCCGGAGCACAUGUGAAUGUCAUCAGUCUCGAGACAUGGCGGAACUUGAAGAGUCAAGGUUGCAAAGUGAGCUACAGCUGCGAGGGUCGGAAGUUUCUUCGAGUUUAUGGAAAUGGCAAGCUUAAAGUGCACAAAAUCUUCAAAACUGACGUCGAUGGAUCUGGAGAUAUUGAAGAUUGA